AUGUCGCUGUCGCUGUCGUCGUCGUCUCCCCCCGCUGCCUGCUGUUCCACGCGAGCCCAUUCCUCUCCAGCGCCGUUGAGGCCCUUUCGUCGACAGCGUCUGUACUCGCCCCUGUCCCGACUCGUCUCCAAGGACAGGACGCGCAUGCAGCUCCCGCCCUUGUCCAUCACAGACUCCAUGUCACUUGAUCCCCCGUCGCGCGACCGCUCCCAGCAGCCGGACCAUCCGCCUUCUGCACCGCUGACCCCGCCCGCCGACGAAGAGGAUGAGCGUGCUCGUUGGAGACCCGCCCCCGGCGUCCUCUCGCCCAAGUUCCAAACGCUCAUGGACCAAGGUCGCUCCCGGCAGGACCCUUCACCGCCCGACUCCAACCAGACCCUGCGUUCCUCGUUCGACCAGCCCUCUCACCGGCCCUCGCUAGAUGGAGAUGAGCACAUGUCGGAUCUUCACGACGGGGCCACUUCGAAGCAGUGGUUGGACACUGCCAUAGACACCAUCCUCUCUGCUCUUCUUUUAGACUCAAAUACUCGCAUCGAUUCCAUGCGUCUGGUCUCGCAGACUCUCCCCUUCCCUCAGUCCCCAGGACACACGAUGCAGCUGCCAACACAAGAUACGGUUUUUGCCUCCAUCAUUGAAACCCUACGCGAACGCUUCCAACCGGAAAUCGUCCCUUAUAUUCACGUCAUCCAUGCGGUGCCCGAAGAUUUUAGCCUGGCAAACCUGCCCACCUCGCCGCCCAGCACUCCGGGCAACAACUCGAGGCAAAUGGACAAUUACUUUGAUUCAUUAUCUGUGUUUUCCAACGCCAACUCGACUGUAUUUGCCAGCGCCAGCACCGUGCCCGCGUACCACGAUACCCUGGGAUUUGCCCGCCAGGUCAACUGGCCCCAUCCUAUCGUUCCCCCGUUCAGCACCCAUAUCUCUGUUUUGGAACGGUAUAUCCCUCCCUCGACAUCGCGGGAAUACCGUGACCUGUUUAGCUACGGCCGUCCAUCGGUUUUGACCGACCGUAUGCUCGAACUGUCCCCGCUCGGCGGAUGUCUUUUGUUCAUCUACCCUACCAAGAGAGGUGCCACCACAUUCAAGAGCCAAUACCUUGGCCCCAUCCUCGACCCACUGCUCCGCCAUUCAGUCGUGGUCGACGGUUUCUCCGCCGAUGUCAGUCGCGACAUUGGCCGUCUGGAAGCAGUCAACAGCAUGGAGGACUUUCAAACCAUGAAAGCCAACAUUGAGCUGCUGUGUCAGCAAUGGAGCAACCAGACCUCCCGUUUUAGCCUUGUCACUUCAGAAAAGGGCCUCGCUCCUCUCGACCCAAAGCUUUGGAAGGAAUGUGCGAAUGCGACCUCGGAGAAAUGUAUCUCCGCCCGAGCCAUGUGCGGUCCUGCUCCGGCCGGUCAACACCAGCUGAACAGGCUUUACCUAUUUCCAUCUGCAGACAAUUAUUCAUACUCGUUUCCGACCCUCUGGUUCUACGACCUUGGUCUUGGAACCAUGGCGUACUCACCAGGCCCCAUGUCUCCCACUGCAGCUGGCAGCAGCCUGCAUACACGAGGCCGCUCAAUCAGCCCUGGCCCUGGCGGUGUUGGUACGAACAGCAACAACAAUAAUGCACCGCAGUCGAAACGCGACAAGAGACGCACGCAGCUGCAGGAGCGCCUGCACGAUCUGACCAUCGCCUUUAGCCAAAACCGCGACACGCAGUUCCGCCAGCAGCUGCACGCUCUGCAGUGCGAUAUGACGCUGAUCAACAACGCCGACCCUUAUGAGCCUGGCCCGCUGCCCGACUCGGCCGAGGAGAUUGCUCAGUUGAUUGAGACUACUGUUGGCGGUGGCGUGUUUGGCAAAGAAAUGGCCUCGCGGUCGGGCGGUUGGUUUUCGAGGUUUGUGCAGGAGAUUAAUGAGACUAAAGAGGAUCGGGAUGCAGAGUUGGUUGCAGUGAUGAACCGCCACAACGAAGCCCUCGAACGCUACAAACACGAAUACGCAUGGCGUCAACAUUUCGCGAGAGAAGAGUAUAAACAGCUGUCGGGCACUUUACGCGAGCGACUUGUGCAAAAAGUCACCGCGAACAAGUCGCGCCUCUUGCGUGAGAGGGAACAGAUGGACAUCUCCGAUACCAACGCACUUCUCCUCCACCCGAACCAAUUUACCAUCACAAACCCGGCCAGCCCCGGCGGCAUUCACAGUAACCGCAAGACUCGCCAUACCAGACACCGAGUUGGCAUCGACGAGCUUGGCAACGGUAUCGAUGGCAAUAACAAAAGAAAACGAAAAGCCCCCGAAGAAGAUGUCGGGUCCCCUGCUCGCGAUGGGCUGUCGACUCCCGCCGAGCGCGCCAAAGCGACUGCCGAAAAACAGCAGACCGACAAGAUUUACAGCAUAAACUCGUUGUUUACCGACAAGGAGCUUGCAUUGCAUGCCAACCAAGCCCAUAUUGCGACAGCGCACUUUUUCUCUACGUCGAGAAACCAGGAAGGCGUCGGCACUGCCACCAACGGGAACAACAGUGAUGCAGAUGAUGCCGAUAGCGCUGCCAUCAUGGACGAGGCUGGAACCCCGGCGGCAGCAGACAUGGCACGCACGGCGAGUCAGAGCUACCAUGCCACUCGGUCGACUCGCAACCAGGGCAACGUGGGAUUGAACAUCCUGGCCGAGCUGUCGGACAAGCCGGCGACACGUCAGAAUCUGCCCUACCACAUCCUAGCCAACCACAGCUCUCGCAGCAACCAGAGCGCGCCGCCUCUGACAUCGCUCAUGAACGAAGAGAUCGACGACGACAUUUCCCGCAUGGACCGGCUUCACGCGAAACCUCAGGGCUGGAUUGACCGCAAUCUGAUCGACACAAUGACGGAGCCCGUGGCCGGCGAGGUGGACGGGAUCCCGACGAAUUCCGACCGCUUCGGUCUUUUGCAUCCUGACUUCCCUGUUGAUUUGGGCAUUAAGUGGUAUUCUACGGGUGGCAAGAACGCAACUAGCUACGAGAUGUUUCCGCAGAUGAACGAGCGUGUGAGCAGACGGCGUGUGUAG